AGUUCCCCGACCCACUUUUUUAUUCUUGAUUUUUCAAAUUCGAGGUGAAGAUGAAGCAGCAGGAGGGGGAUACUUGUUGAAUGAUUCGCACUUGUUUCCACAUCUUCCCAUUCCCAAAAUUAGGAAAUAGUCACCUGCUCUUUGCACCAUUUUUUUAAAUUGUCCAUAGUCGUACUCGUAGCCACAGGCACAGUUGUCGCUCAGAUAGAAGUUGUUUGAGGUUUCUAGGUCUUGCUCCCCCCGUUUUUCCUCCAGCGUGUGGCAGCUUCAGAAAACACUGGAAGUCGUUUUCGGCCCAUGAACAUGAUCUGGAGCGACCAGCUGCUUCUUUGUCAUUGUUUUAGUUACAGUUAUUUUAGGUUAUUUUCCACCAAGUAGUAGCAAUAGCGUCAUCAUACAAGAAGAAGAAUUGAUCAAAGCCAUGGUUGCGCUCGGGAAGUAUUUUCCAAUCAAGAUUCCCAAGGUAGUGUCGAUCCAAAAUGGGAAGCUAUCUUGCUUUCAACUCGUUGUGCAGGUGGUGGUGGUGUCGUUGUUAUUGUACCAGUUUAUCGGGGAGCGGAUGUAUUUGGUAGUGAAAAUUCCGCAGGGCUUUCCGAAUGCUUGGGUGCAAGUUGCAGAUGCCACCCUCCCGGCCGUGCAGCGGGACUAUCAGGGUCAAAUCUGCCAGGGGUCUGCGGAGUUUCUGUACAAGUACUCGACUGCGUUCACGCACGGCUCCUACCAGUGCUUGGAGACUGCCGCUACGGAAGCGGGGUACAAGAUCGGCAAGCGGGAAAUCUACUUCCCUACGUAUUAUCGCGAAACCCGAGGUCGCCAGAGCUCCGGGACCGGUUGCGAUAGCCUGUGCCCAGGCGCGUUGGCCUGCAACGAUACGUCGUACACCCAGCCACCGCGGUACGAUUUCGGCUACGAGUAUCCAGGAAAAAAGACCCAUCCCCAUCCAAUUUGUCGUGCAAAACAUGCACAGAGUCAAAGAAGUCCAGGGUUUAUCAUGAUGUGGGAAAUGGAUGGGGAUGGGUGUUUGUUCCACCUGGAUAGCGAGUGCAUCGCCGAGAAGCGCGCGACUAUUCCCGUCUGGAAUUCCACGACGGACAUUUUCAGCACGCAAUCCGUGCGCACUUGUACGUGCUCGACGCGCGCUAUCAUGGAAGCGUCUUCCUAUAUUGAGAUCGACAAAGUCGUGAAAGUAAUCAGCUUGCAAUUAGCUGCAGCUUGCAAUCAGAAUCAUGCAUAAAGUUUUAAUAUUAGUUUUAGUAAAAUCGAUACAGGUACAGCGCAAAAGCGGAGAACUGAGCAAAGUUCUCAACUUAACUGCCGAGCCCUAUCGGCGCCACCAAGAGCGCGAAUGGGUUGCGAGACGUGGAGACUGACCCAAAACGACGAGAAGGCCCUGGACACUUGGCGGAGCAAAAAGCUUCGCCACUGUCUACCUAGGGGCGACCAAGUUCGACCACAUCGCAACAGCCACCAGCCGCGCACGACUGAGCGCGCGACCGCUGUCGCAGGCAGCAGAUAUAUAAAUAUGGGAGCGCCGGCUUUCUUCGAUAUUUCGGCUACGCACCUCGCCCGAUUCCCACCGAUCCGACGCGAGUGGCCCACGUCAUGUUGUCCGCCACAGUGCAAAAGCGAAAACACGGACAGGGAGCGGCAGAAACUUGGCGAACAGAAAUCCGCACCGACAUGACAAAAAUGCGCGCAGCGGUUUCAGAUUCAUUGGCUCGGUCGAAAUCUUUGGCGACAGAUCACAAAAGGGCUGCAAGCGGGCUCUGCUAGUAGUCACGGCAUGCACUUCGCCUUCUUCCGCUGCGUCUUUCGAAGAGCAGACUACUCCGAUUCAGCAAAUAAGAAGACUGCAGGGACGAAAAGGAUAAGGAACAGGAGUAGGGCGCGAGACAAUUAUCUAAGACUUAGAGUCGAACAGAUUACAAUCAUCAGUAAGUCGAUGCAUUUACUACAUACCAGCUGUUGACGCGCUUGCGUAUGCGUUGGGUGGCGCGCUCGCGAAAAAUCUUUGGAAGCUUGGUUUUCCAAUAUUCGUAUUCCAUGCUGGUUUGAAAAAACAAGGUCAAGGCUGUUGUUGUGAUUCUCCUCUGCAGCUCUAUCUCUGCCCCUAAACAGUCUUGUAAUCGGCCUCGCUUGUUGCUUGCCUGCUGUGCAUUUUUGCAGGUAUUUUGUGGCUUUCAUAUGUGAUUUUAUCUUUAUGCUCCAUGAGUAGAAAAAUCUCAUUCGCAACUUUGUCGAUUUGGAGCCUGGCACUUUCAUACGCGCACACUAUCUGGUCGCUGGGGUUUCUUCCCGGGCGAUGGGUUUCGAGCACAUUUUCAAAGUUUCGGACCAGGAAACCGAGGUAUCCGGCGCGUCAGGGGGAUCCAAAGCGGUCGCGGACGCAGACGAGAAUAAGCUGCCCGUGCUCACGAUUAUCAUGACCAAGAAGGACGAUGGUAAGUACGAAGAGUUUGACUGCUUCGAGGAGAAAAAACGCCGGGACGCUAGCGUGUCGGGUGACAUGAGCGGCAGAUGCCGCUUCUUUGAGAACGACGCAGUCUGGAUGACCUUGGAAGACUGGGUGACGGCGGCGUCCGGCGGGAAAAUCAAUCUUGCCGACCCGGAUGCACGGAACAGCCACAUUGCUGCAAACCUGGCACUAUCCCCCGCAAAAGUUUCGUAUUCGUACUAAAAAUCGACGCAAUCAUACAAGUACAUACAAACCUUCUACUUCCCACCAAGCUAAAUGAGUGAGCGUGCCAAGUUGGUUCUCUUUGUCAUGCUAAGCUAUAAUUAAUUUGUGUUGCAACAUUUGCAGUAACUUUUUCUAGUUCUAGUGCGAUACUUUUGCAAUUGAUAGGUACCCGGGUACAGUUCGGGGGACCGGCGCAUGGCCGCCUUCCGCCUCACCGGGGUGGAAGUGUUGGUCAGCCUCGAGUACGUUGGCCCGGAGUUUCACGGAAACAUUCCGGAGUCCGUGGACCUUGACGGGUUCGAAGACUACAUGGUUGCCCUCGUGAAACUGUCUGUGAACGAUGCCAUGUGGACGGGGCUGCCGCAGACCGCCUACGGCUCGCCUGCUCCCUCCGCGGUGGCCGCGACCGAUUUCCACACGGGCUCGUUUCGCGAGCGCUACCACUACGGGAUCCGGUUCUUGUUCAUGACCAGCACCAGCUCCGCGUAUGGGGCCUUUUCGAUGAUGGAUUUACUCACUGGCCUAGCUGUAUUCAAGGUGUACUUCGGGGCUGCGGGUGCCGUGGUGGCUUUGUUUGCCCUGUACGCCCUCGGCCAGCUGUCGGUGCAGUACAAGCGAGCCGUCGAGCAGCCUUUGGACGUGAAGAAAGAAGCCGCCACCAUCGUGCCAGCCAAGCUCCUGAUCGCGGUCGCGGCGUACCGGGCACUGGAGCGUGCUGGUAGUGCAGAGCAACAAGCGGGAGGCGGCGCCGUGCAGAAGAGCCCCCGACACAGCCUAACGGCAGGCGGAGCAGGCAGCCCUGGCGACGAAGGCACCCUGGCGGCCUACGGCGCGGCCGCCGGCGCCAGCACGUCUCCGCGUCCCAGCCCGCGGACAGGAAGUCGAUCGAACAGGACCAACAACAAGUUCGAUGAGCGCGUUCUCCGUCAGUGUCUGGUCGACGUGUUCGGCUCGGGGGAGCAUGUUCUCCGCGGAUCCGGCAUUGAUGCCCUGGUGGAAACGGUCCUGCUUGCGCUCGGCGACUACAACAAGAAUAUGGACCUGGAAAGCUUCGUGGAGGCUUUCCUCGCGCACGACGCACUUGAUCUGAAUCAGUUCCAAAACAUGUUCGACGCACAUCGCAAGGUGGGCCGGUUGGAGCAGUACUUCUCCACGCCGUUGGAUCUCACGGUAUGGCGACGCAAUAUACUACUACUUCAGGCCCAAACGAUUUUUAGUUUGUUUUUUUUUUUUGCCUCACCUGUAAAAAGGAAAAGCUACUUACUUCGCGCAUCUAGUUCUAGUUUAUGUUUGUUAUAA